AUGAACGUUCGUGCACUGGUGACUGACAUUUCAUCAGAUCUUAAGAAAAUUUCAAUCAACACCUGUGUAUGCUCUCCGGUGGCCCUGCAACUCAUUUUGCGUGGACUAUUUCCAUGUGCACCACAAGUUCUGACCCUCACAGUAGACGUGAACUUGCUCCACUUCAUUCGGGAGCUGUUCGUGAGGCUUUCUCCAAACAAUAGUGCAUUCUGCGCGACAUUGGAGGCUUUUCUUGGGGAACACAAUUAUAAGCUGUCUACGAAGGAGUCAUUGCGGCGCCACUUCGGCAAUGUGCUCCUUUGGUACUCGAACCUGAUCAAUGCAACAAGUCACACUAUUCAAUCAUGCAUUGAGGCCUCUCGUGCGAACCUCCUCAAUAUGGACGAUCGGUCGAGGCCCAGCAAGUAUCUCAGAGUGCCUAACUUCCUCAUCUGUCUGGAUGUGUGCUUUACCCAGAAGCGCAGAAAGGGCAAAGGUGAUGAAUGCGAUCUUCCCAGGCAACACCCUGACAGUGUCUUCAUUUCUCAUGAAGACGUGCAGGAGAUGGAAGAUUAUGUUGAGGAAUGUCGUCCAUCUCACCCAGCCACAGCAUCAGCCAGUGGCGAUGACGACGGUUAUGAGGGGAUGCUCACGAUUCUGAAGUCUGUCCUGGAUGGCUGUCAAGACUCCUUCCUUGCCACAGUCGAGAAGAGGGAGAAGGCAAGCAUGCAGUUCUUCGUGGACACUGGGCUCAUGGCACUUCUCUGCCAUCAUGACCGCGUACUUUGGCUUGUCAAUAUGACUUUAGUGGGUGAACGGCAACAUUAUGCGCUCACGUUGAUUCAAUGUUUCUUUGAACACUUACCUAUCUCGGCAGUCAUAGGUGUGCUGUAUGACAUUGCCUGCCAGCUUCACCGAAGUUGUGUGAAGUGGGGCUUCCUGCAGGACUUUUCUAAUCGCAUUUUGUUUGUGAUCUCAAUAUUCCAUGCCUAUGGUCAUCAGUGGCCCUGCCAGGUCAUAUAUCAUCCACGAAAAUGUGUCGGAUUUGGCCUAACGGAUGGAGAGGGCUGUGAGCACUUUUGGAGCGCAAUCAAAAUUCUCAUACUGAGCCUGCACAUAUCAGGGUAUCACCAAUGGCUGUUCACCAUCGACACCCAAGUGAAGCACUUGGAUGAGCAGUCACUGCGAUCGCUUGAGCAUUGGCUUGGGAGGAAGUGGGCCAGUUGUCGAUCAAAAAGGAUGGCUGCUGAGGAAGAACUUGACAAGUGCAAAGUCCGAACGGAUAUACUGUGCAAGCAAUGGGCAGAGCAGAUAAAGCAGCAGACAAGGCCAAUGCUGAAACGAUCAAAUAACAAGGCUAAAGAAAUGAUUGAGAACAUAAUCGUGCUGCAGAAGGUCCUUGACAACCACAAAGCCACAGUGCAUGAGCUCGAACAGCGGCUCAUGGGGGAUAUUGACCUGCUUACAAUCAGCGAACUCAACCGUACCGUGGUCACACAAGCCAUCACACGUAAGAAAGCUGCCCUCAGCAUUGAUGAUCAUGCAAGGCUCACCGCGCUGGCUAACAACUCAAUUUUGCAGAUUUGCAUGAAUGCGCGCACUCUGAAGUUGUGCAUACGUGAACGUUUACCACAACGAAAGUUCGAACUUGAAUGGUUAGAACGUUCAUACCGACAGACCAUUAAUAAUAGAAAGCUGACAAGUCACAUGGAGUCUGCGGUCAAGCGUCGAGAGCCUGGUAUCUUAAAGCUCACGAAGACAUACAAUAAGCUGUGCAAGGACCUCUCCGACUUGACGAAAGCCCCUCGCCCAAUUGAAACAAAUGUUCUGUUUAAGCUCAACGUCGAUGAUGAUAUAUGGCAGGAUAUUGGCCUGGACGAUGAAGUCGAAAGCGGCCCAGUCCCACCUUGGCUUGGUGAUGAGAAGGUACGUGUUGGUAUCAAGAAUCUUUUAUUAGUGGACCGCUGCAAGGAGGAGGAGGCGAGAUUGCAGGAGAAACGCUGUGCAAUGCAGAAAUGGUUGAUGGAGCAGUGGAAUUGCCUGGAGCAUGCAUCGGGUGAUGCUGGAGAUGACGAGGACCUCAAAUACCAGCUCGAUCUCUGGCGUCAUCAUCUGUGCAACCUAUGCAUGACAUGGCAGGGGCAGGUGUGCUUCAUACCAUGUGCGCGUGAGAUGCCAGCCUCCUGGGAUCCCUCACAAGAACAACUUCAUGAUGCCGCCGUGUACCAAGUCACUGGGGCCUGGGAUGAGAUCGACGAUGAUAGCACCACUAAAGAAUGA